UAUUUUUUUAUGUGGUUACCCCAACACAAUCGUAUUAUACGCUGAUAUUAAAAUGGCGGAUGUCCAAAGCAAUGAGCGUAAAGUAAAACUUACUAAAAACGGCAAAGUUGUGAAAAGACGUUUAAGAAAUCCUGAAGAAUGGCACAAACAAAAACAAAAGCGUUUGAGAAUAGCUGGACAAGAAUAUAUAAAUGCCAAUGGGAAAAUUGUACCCCCUAAACAACCUGGCCCAGAUUGCAAUUGCCGUAGAAAAUGUUUUCAAAUGGUACCAGAGGAUAUUCGUAUGAAAACAUUUCAAGGGUUUUACUCUAUGAAAAGUCAUGAUGAACAAAAUGCAUAUUUAUUUGGUUUAAUGCGGCAAAUUGAUGUGAAACGAAAAAGAGUUAAAUCUAGCAGCAGAAGAACAUGCACAUUUGAAUAUUUUGUCCGAGUUAAGGGUAAAGAAACUCAAGUAUGUCAAACAGCUUUCAAAAAUAUACAUGCAAUAACUGAGCGUAAAGUUAGAGUUCUUUGCAAGAAAAUGGAUGAUGGUAUUAUGUUUCCAAGUGACAAUAGAGGUAAGAACAGCCAUAGACGAUCAGGAGAAGUUCGUUUACCUAUAGGUAUUGUAGACCAAAUAAAAAAUCAUAUUUACUCAAUAGUUCACACUCACAGAUUGAAAGAUUUUAUCAGACUUGACAAAAUUGCUGGCCUUGAAAUUAAUAUUUCUAAAAUGUGGAAAGAUUAUAUAAAAAGUUAUGAUCCUGACAAUAUCACUGCAACUAUGCCUAAGUCUAAAAGAAAUAUGGAGAUAUUACCUGUUCAAAAUGAGCCACUGCAACCUAUAGCUCCAGCUCCAGUCCCACAAGAGACUUAUACACCUUUAACAUAUCCUGGUAAUAGCCACUUAGUCAAUAUUGCAGAAAAUUACUUUGAAAAUCAGUAUCAAACACAAUUGACAACUACAUCAACACCUACAAAUUUUUAUCCUGCUCAAAGUGGUCAACAUCCACAAGGAAUGGGUAUUAUUUUACAAUCAGUUAACAGACCUGCUCAACCUACAGCUUUUAUUUUACUACAGGCUAAACCUGAUCUUUCACAAGAUAAGCUAGCUAUAACUAAUGGCUCAUACAUUGAGACACAAACUGAUAUAUCUGAAAUGCCUAGUAAAUCAAAGAAGCUCAAAAACGAAAGAAAAAAGGGUCCAGUUGUUAAACAGUGGCGAUAUAGUAAUAUAUUUCAUGACGAAAUAAAUGGAGCAGCAUUGGCAGCUAUAAAAACAAGACUUGGUAUGUAUUAUGCAGAGAGUGACGCAGCCAGAAAGAAGGCAAAGCAAAUUCCACGGGCACAGGAAACUGCUCAAACUCAAACUGAACAAGCAACCAUCAAAUCUGAACAGUCUGCUAUGAUGAGGCCCCCUCACCAACAGCUGAGAGCUACACACACAUUAACCAUAUUCACAUAAGAUAUAUUCACUCUUGACUGAUAAAAAUCUUGUGAAAACUACUAGUUUAAGUUUACCUUUGUAGGUUUGUUUAAGUAAUCUCAUAAAAUAUAUAAUUAUUGUCAGUACUUAUGUAUCAUAAUACCACUUAUGUCAAAACUCCUUACAUUUUGACAUUAAUUUUUUGGUAGGCAAUUCAGUACAUUCUACACACUCAAAUGUCUUACCAUGUAGCAAGCAUGUAGCCUAUUAGUGCCUAAGUAGCAAUAAUGUUUAACAACAUUGAUUAUAUCAUAUCUAAUAACACAAGAUAGGAUUUGAUGUUCUAUAGAUUUUAGCUUAAAUAUAGCAUCAAUAGUGUAGUAAAUAUAAUGUAACUUCCUGAUAUUUUUAUAAAUUAAAAUUUAUUUAUUUGCAAUGUAUGUACUUUGUUAUGUUAUAAUUAACAACAUGUGUAACUAAUAAAAUAAUUGAAAACAUGCAUUUUUAUUACAAUG